AUGGCGUCGCGAGCAGGAUCGACCAAGAAGCAAAACGGCAAGGAUCAAGGAGAGAAGCCCGAGCGGCCGACGGAGAUGAAGUCAGAAACUAGCGCCGCGAUGGGCGUCGGCGAAAUGAUCAGCGAAAUUUUGUCGAAACUUAUCACAGGCGACUCGCUCCGACUGGAGACAGUUCCACCACUCCCGCCACCCAAAACAUUCACUAUCAGUGGAAAUUAUGCUCGUUGGGAAGUGCAGGCUCGUGCUCACGUAUAG